GGUGGCGUAUAAGUAGUUUCGAUUUCUUGAUGGUUACUACCUCAUGCUUUAUGAAACUUUCUGUUCAGAAAAUAGCCUUGAGUGAGAUAUAUCAAAGAAAAAAACAAUAUUUAUGAUAGUGUUUAUCAUUUAAAUUUAUAUAUUUUGGCAAUGGGCUUUAUAACAGAGCCAUUAUUAUUUGCAAUCGCAUUAAUUAAUACCGGAUCUGUGCUGUUUCUUUUAGUAUACUUCAUGAUCACAUUAUCAGAUCUCGAAUGUGAUUAUUUAAAUGCCCAACAAUGUUGUUCUAAAUUGAAUGCGUGGGUUACUCCAAAGUUAGUGACGCAUACAUUUUUGGUAUUUUUGUUAUUAAUACAUGGCCAAUUAAUAUUAACUUUGGUUAAUUUGCCUAUGACUUUAUGGUUGUUCUAUGAGUAUUUCAGUGUUCCUAGUGGAAAUAUGGGUGUAUAUGAUCCCACAGAGAUCCACAAUCGUGGAGAAUUAAAAAGACACACUAGGAAUUGUUUGAUUUAUCUUGGAUAUUAUUUAAUAUUCUUUUUCAUUUAUCUUUAUUGCAUGAUCAUUGCAUUGUUGAAGGGAGAUCCGGUAAAUAGAAAUGCGGAUGAUCUUGUAGACUUCUAACCAAAUAAAUAAUUCUUGUAUAUGUUUUAUACUUGCGCGAUAAUGUUGUGUGUAGAGCAAUUAAUUUGUUGCGAUACAUUAAUCUCAUAUAUGUUGUUUAGAACGUAUAAUUGAAAUUAUUUCACAUUCAGACGUCUGUACUCAAACAAAUUUCUGGAUUAGUGAGGUAAUAUUUGGUCUAUAUCAAAAAUAUUUUUUUAAGGUACUAUUUUAUUGUU